AUGUUCCGAGCGAUUGGUAGAAGUUUGAACAUCUCCCAAAAACGUUGUCUCAAUUUGCAAGAAUUUCAAAGCAAAGAAAUCUUGAAUCAACAUGGCUGCAGUGUUCAAAAAUUCGUUGUUGCUUCAAAUCGCAAAGAAGCCGAAGCGAAAUGGAUCAGUUUCGGUGAUCAUGAAUAUGUUGUGAAAGCGCAAAUUUUAGCGGGAGGGCGAGGAAAAGGAAAAUUCAUUGGUGGAACAAAAAAUAUUGGUGGUGUUUAUAUCACAGAAGAGUGAGUUGAUUUAUUUUUUAAUUGUUUGUUUUUCUAACAACAUGUUUUUUCAGUAAAACCAAAGCUUUGGAAGCAAUCGAUGAAAUGAUUGGUAAACGACUUGUCACCAAACAAACAACUGCAGAUGGUGUGAAAGUGACAAAAGUAAUGAUUGCUGAAGGAGUUGAUAUUAUCAGAGAAACAUAUUUGGCUAUUUUAAUGGAUCGUGAAUCAAAUGGACCAGUUGUUGUUGCAUCACCAGAUGGUGGAGUUGAUAUCGAAGCUGUCGCCGAAAAAACACCAGAACGAAUUCAUAAAACACCAAUUGAUAUCGAAUUAGGAAUGACACAAGCGCAAGCAUUGAAAAUCGCCAAAGAUUUGCAAUUCCAAGGAGAAUUGGUUCAUGCAGCAGCCACAGAAAUCAAGAAAUUAUAUAAACUUUUCAUUUCGGUUGAUGCGACACAAGUUGAAAUUAAUCCAUUGGUUGAAACUAGCUGCGGAAAAGUAUUCUGUGUGGAUGCUAAAAUGAAUUUUGAUGACAGCGCUGCAUUCCGUCAAAAGGAUAUUUUCAGUUUGGAAAAUUAUGAAGAGCAAGAUAAACGCGAGGUUGAAGCCGAGAAAUAUAGUUUGAAUUAUAUUGGAUUGGAUGGAAAUAUUGCAUGUUUAGGUAAAUUUUGAAAAAGAAAAAGAAAAACGGUUUUUGAAGUUUGAAAUUUCUAAAUGUUGUAAUCCGUUUUUUCAGUAAAUGGAGCUGGUUUGGCUAUGGCUACAAUGGAUUUAAUCAAAUUACACGGAGGAGAACCUGCCAAUUUCUUGGAUGUUGGCGGUGCUGUCACUGAAGAUGCAGUCUAUAAUGCUGUUCGAAUUAUUACAUCUGAUCCAAAAGUCAAAUGUGUUCUUAUCAAUAUUUUUGGAGGAAUUGUUAAUUGUGCAACAAUUGCAAAUGGCGUUGUAAAUGCUGUCAGCAAAAUUGGAUUGAAAGUUCCAAUGGUUGUCAGACUCGAAGGUAAUUUUUCGCUAAACUAUUUAGAACUCUUCAAAAAAAACUUUUUUUAGGAACCAACGUUGAUGCGGCUAAACAAAUCAUGAAGAAAUCUGGUCUUAAAAUUAUCUCUGCUGAAAAUCUCGAUGAUGCUGCCACUAAAGCUGUCGCUGCUUUAAAUCACUAA